AUCAGCAGAGAGGAGAGGGGCACAAUCAAUUUCAUAGAGAAGCGGAAGAAAAGGCACAAGUAGAUAAGGAAGACAGGGAGGUAAAGAAGCAAAGAGUUGCCAGAGGAAAGCAGCAUCCCUGAGAAGAGAAAAGACCAGCAGGAGGGCGUGGACCUGACUUACAGAAGAGCAGAAAAAAAGACAAGAGGGACGUACGAGGCAAAGCCAAGGCCUCCCUGGAAAAGAAACAAAGCCUCACACUUGUGAGGUUGCCCUCUUUGUGCGUUUUACUGUACGAGUGUGUGAGCAGGUGGGACUUUGAUGGGACAGUGAGCAAUGCCUCACACGCAGCGACAGCAGGUUGGCAGUAGGGGGCAGUGCUCCUCACGCCUCCUCCCCAUCCUCCUCCUCCUCUCCCUUGCUGCCCAGCCCAGCCAAGCAGCCAUACACAUACCCACCAACUACCACAUAAGUGAUCUAAAGAGGCCUCCGAUGAUCAUGAUACAGCCGGAGUCUGUCACCGUCUUUAGUGUUGAAGACUUUGUCAUGAACUGUGAAGCCACUGGCAACCCUGUACCCAUUUUCCGAUGGACAAAGGAUGGAGAGGAGUUUGACCCAGGCAGUGACCCAGAGCUGAAGGUUACUGAGAGCGCGGGCGCAUCCGCAUUCUACACACUCAGUAUCAAUAUUGAAAGCCUAAAGCCGUACCAAGCCAAAUAUGUCUGCUACGCAUCCAACGAGCUGGGGACAGCCGUCUCUAACGAAGCCAUGCUCAGCACUGAUGUUCCUCCAUCACAGCAGAAAGAAAAGAAGGUUACUAUGAAGUCUGAAGAGGGAAGCAGUACCAUCCUGAAGUGUAACCCCCCGCCGAGCUCUAUGGAGCCCAUCAUACACUGGAUGGACUGGAGUCUACACCAUAUCCAGCUAAGCGAGCGAGUGGUGGUGGGGAAGGAUGGCAACCUCUACUUUGCCCAUUUGACAACUGAGGACAGCAGGAAUGACUACACCUGCAAUGUCCAGUACCUUGCCACUCGCACCAUUCUGCCAAAGGAACCCAUCACCCUGAUUGUAAACCCCUCCAACUCAGUACUGCGGAACCGGAGACCCCAGAUGAUGAGACCUACUGGAACCCACAGCACUUACAACACCCUCAGAGGCCAGACCAUUGAGUUAGAGUGCAUCGUUCAAGGCCUUCCCACUCCCAAAGUUUCAUGGGUGAGGAAAGACGGUGAAAUGUCUGAUUCUCGGACCAUUAAAGACAUGUUCAACCGCCGCCUGCGCUUUAGUAAUAUCUCAGAGAGCGACGGAGGCGAGUAUCAGUGUACAGCUGAGAACCCCCAGGGGAAGGCCUCACACACUUACACCAUAACUGUGGAAGCGGCUCCUUACUGGAUCAAGGAGCCAUCCAGCCAGUUGUACGCCCCAGGCGAGACUGUCAGGCUGGACUGCCAGGCGGACGGCAUCCCAUCACCUACCAUCAGCUGGACCAUCAACGGUGUUCCCCUCUCAGUAAUCGACAAGGACUCAAGACGUUCUCUGAAAGCAAGCGGGUCUCUGAUCUUAAAAGAUGUCAACUUUGGAGACACUGCGAUCUACCAGUGCCAGGCCUCCAACAAGCAUGGCACCAUCCUCACCAACACCAACGUCUAUGUCAUUGAGCUGCCUCCCCAGAUCCUUGUUGAGGAUGGGAAUACAUACACAUUUACGGAGGGCAAGACGGCUUUACUAGAGUGUGAGACCUUUGGCUCUCCUAAACCUAAAGUCCUAUGGGAGAGCAGCAGCACCUCCUCCCUAUUGGCUGAUCCGAGAGUGAACCUGCUCACCAACGGGGCGCUGGAGAUCUUUAAUGUGACCCACGAUGAUGAGGGCUUCUACACCUGCUCCAUACAGAACACCAACUUAUCUGUCAAUGCCGAGCUUGAAGUGCUCAACAGGACAGUUAUCGUGUCACCUCCACAGGACCUGAAGGUGCAGCGUGGAAACACAACAAUCUUCACUUGUCUGGCCGUUGUCGACCUCAAACUUGGCUCUCCACAAAUUCAGUGGAGAAAGGACAAUAAAAAAAUCUUUGAGUCCCCAAGUGAUGGAAAAUACACAUUUGAUGGACCAGAUCUGAAAAUCACUAAUGUGGAAGAAGAAGAUGAGGGCUUGUACACCUGUGACGUAAUCACUAACCUUGACUCGGCUGAAGCCAGUGGCAGCCUCUCUUUAUGGGAUCGACCGGACCCUCCUGGCCUCCUCCAGAUCACUGAACCUAAGCGGCGUUCAGUCACCCUCAGCUGGACUCCUGGGGACGAUCACAACAGCCCGGUGCUAGAGUAUGUGGUUGAGUUUGAGGACCAAGGUUCGAAGGAGAGUGGUUGGGAAGAGCUGAAGAGAGUAAUAGGAAAAAAGUCUCGUACUAACCUCCCUUUGUGGCCCUAUAUGUCAUACCGUUUCCGCGUCAUUGCCAUAAAUUAUGUUGGAAAGAGCGGUCCCAGCAAGCCAUCCGAAAUCCACAACACAUUUGCUGAAGCUCCAGACAAUAACCCUGCAGAUGUUAGGAGUGAGUCCAAAGACCCAGACUCUCUGGUCAUCACCUGGGAGGAAAUAGACCAACGUAACUUUAAUGGACCUGACUUCAUGUAUCGGGUGCUGUGGAGGCGAGUGGUGGGCAGUGGGCCCACCUGGCACACCAACUACACAACCAUGCCACCAUUCACAGUCAGCGAGAUCGGUAGCUUUUCUGCCUUUGAGAUCAAAGUUCAGGCGAUCAAUGAGAUAGGGAAUGGACCUGAGCCAGACCCUGUGAUUGGCUACUCAGGGGAAGACGUUCCGUUUGAGGCUCCAAUGAAUGUGGGUAUAGAACUGAUAAACAGCACUACCAUCAGAGUGAACUGGGCAGCGGUAGAGAAAGAGACAGUCAGAGGACACCUGCUGGGGUACAAGGUUUACGUGACUAGAACCGGCUCCAGGGGCCACCACCGAGGACAGAGGUCCAGAGAGCCCGAGAGCACGGUGGUGGUGCAGACCGGGCCCGGUGAGGAGAAGAAGGUGAUCAGUAAUCUCAGACCGUACUCCCACUACGACCUGGCUGUCGCUGUGUUCAACAGCAAGGGAGAGGGACCCCCCUCUGAGACGCUGUCCUUCAACACUAAUGAAGGAGUUCCUGGUCCUCCCAUGUCCCUGAUGCUGGACAGCCCAUCAGAGACAGAAAUGACCCUCCGCUGGACGCCACCUGACCAUCCCAAUGGAGUCCUCAUUGGAUAUCGACUGCAGUACCAACAAGUUGUGGAGAGUAAUGACAGCCCCCUGCAGACCGAGGCAAUACUCGACCCCACAGCCACUCACCUCACCCUGAAGGGCCUGGACCGCCACAGCCACUAUCGUUUCUUCCUGAGUGGGCAGACUACUUUAGGGGACGGAGAGCACAUCAUGAGAGAGGGAGCCACCAUGCUGGAUGGAGCACCUCCUGCAAAAAUCCACUACUCUCCUGGGGAAAACUCAAUAAACUUCACCUGGGUGGCCAAGAAGAGACACAGGAGUGUUAGCUUCCAGAUCCAUUACCUCAACAAAAAUGAUGGCAGUAAAUGGAAGAAAACGGAGAAGGUGGACACCUCUCAGUCUUUCUACCAGCUCCAAGGCCUGACUCCUGGCUCUCAUUAUCGUGUACACUUCACCUACAGCAACAUCACGUUCUGGGAGACUGACAUUGACACAGAGGGAACGGAAGUGACAGAGGUGCAGCCCAGUUUUGCUACACAAGGCUGGUUCAUCGGGGUUGUGAGUGCCAUCGUGCUGCUGCUGCUGAUACUGCUCAUCCUCUGCUUCAUCAAGAGGAGUAAAGGGGGGAAAUACUCAGUGAAAGAUAAGGAGGAGGGUCCAAUGGACUCAGAAGCUCGACCCAUGAAGGAUGAGACUUUCGGAGAGUACAGAUCUCUAGAAAGUGACCUUGAGGAGAAGCGUACUGCCAGCCAGCCGUCCCUGGGUGAGGAGAGCAAGCUGUGCAGCGAGGACAACCUAGACUUCAAUGGCAGCAGUGCCAUCACCACUGAGCUCAACAUGGAUGAGUCUCUGGUCAGUCAGUUCAGUCGGCCCAGUGAGGCUGGGGAUGCCCUGCAUGGCCUGCCAGACAACUCCCCGCUCAACCCCCCCGCUGUCUCCCCGGCCACCAACGGCAUGCCCAACUCAGUCACCAUCCUUGAUUAAGCCCUGCACAUCCUUUGGGGGCUGCCAGACCUCAACAUGCCAACACUAAUGUGCCCAUACGCUCCUGUUCCCUACCGACUUGCUGAUCUGUAGUUUACGACUGAUACACAAUCAAUAUAUUGACUAUCCAGAUGCCCCUGGCAGUCAUCUGAUCGACUGGACUGUUUUGACCAAAGGAGUGUCCAAAGUAGUGGACAAUGUGAUACAAAGUUUGACUGACCUGAAGAUUUCUUUUGACCCCCCCCCCCCCUCACCCUCACCCUCACCCUCACCCUCGUUCUAUCUGUGUAGUUUACAUCAUAACUAACACUCAUUUCUCUCCCUUUCUUUCUCUCUGCAGACAACUCUAAAGAAAGACAGAAUGUGCUACAGGUAGAAAUAUCAGAGGGGUUGUAGGUAUGGUCCUAUAUAGAGAAGCAGAGUAGUGCACUGAAAGGUGAGGCUGAUGGUAGAGCCUAGUGUGGGGAAACAGACAGCCCAUCCUGCUGUCAAAAGUCUGAUAUUUAUCUGGCCUUAUAUUAUUUCUCACAUUUGUAUGUUUUUGGACCAUUUGAUGUCUCAGAUUAUACCUCCAAGUGACAUUGUUUACCUUUUUUUUUUUUUACUAAUGAGUUUGGAUACAAAACAUCCUUUUUGUUAUGUGCUAUUUUUUAUUUAUAUCAUAAUGUUUUCAUAUUGUUUCUACACUAUUUAUAUAAAACGCAUGACUUCUCUUUAUUGACACAUUUCAGAGAUCAAGAUGUUUUCAUUGAAACUAAGUGAAGCCAAGUUUCUUACUAUAAAUAGCAUUGGAUGCAUAAGGGGAACUUGCUGUGAACAUGCCGAGUAGCAUCUGGUGUAUAUAGCUGCAUCUACAUCUAUCUAUUUAGCCAUAAUACAGUAUUAUAGAUAUGUACAUGCUCCUUAUAAGUUCCUGUGCCUGCUGGGUCUGCAUAGAGCACCAGAUUGAUGUCAUUACUCUCUCGCCUUCCCACCAGAAGUGUAAUGUCAUUAUUGGAAAUGAUAUUGUAAUUUUUUUGUGUCGAGACCUAUGUGUAGCUUUCUGUAUAUGUCUUUGUCUCUUUCUACACUGUAUUAAAAACAUUGUUGUCUCUAAUUAACAAUCUUUUCCUACCUGUUCAUCUCAUACUUUGCAAACUGUUUGAGGAGCAGUAUUUAUGUAUAUUAACAGAUCAGAGAGUGGAGUCUUGUGGGCAGACGCUCUCAUGUUUUAUUUUCAGACCCUUUUCAUUGCAAGUUGAUAUUGCAGACAGGUGUAAUUAUUGUCAGUUGAUGUAUGAUUAAGGCAAGCAGUUGGUAUUUACAUCAAACACAGAGAAUGUAUUCUUUUCAGAGCUGGGCAGACAUUGUAUUUACAUGCUACUGAUUAAAAGAAGAUCUGAGCUACAAAA